AUGGAUAUUUUACAAAUAUUUAGAUCAUGUGUUACUGGUAUGAUCCCUGUCACAAUUAUCACAAUUUCAGGAGCUUACCUUACAUGAGCUAAAGUAUUUGAAAAAAAGUCCAAUGAAGUAAUAUCCAAAAGCAGUGCAAGGUUCUUUUUUCCUCUAUUUAUUGUUAUAGCUAUGUCAAAAGCUGUGGAUACAUCAACUAUCGUAUCUUUAUGGCCAUUAUUUGUAGGCCAAGUUCUGCUUAUUUUUAUCACAAUUGGGCUAGGGUUUUUAAUGUUACCAAUAUUUAAGGUUCCUAAGGAAUUUAAAUAUACGACAAUAUCAAUACUUGCUUUUUCUAAUGUAGGAAAUGUGCCACUGCUAGUAAUGAAAGGAAUAUGUGCAUCUUAUGGGCCUUUUGCUGGAGAUGAUUAUUGUGAUAACUCAGUAGGAUAUAUAUAGUUAGAUAGGAUGACUGAAAUGGGAUUUUUUUGGCUUGCUGGCAAGCCAAAAAAGCCCCGUUCCAGUCAUCCUAUCUAGCUAUAUCUAUUGUCUGUUUUGUGUUUAAUAUUAUGAUUUGGUCAAUCUGCACAGCCUUUGUUCGAAUUGACUCAAGUGAAAGAGCAAAAAACGAAAACUCAGAAAAUAAUCCAAAUAGCACCGACCUAAAAAAAUUGAUUAUAAACGGGCUCUUAUCCCCAGUCCCAAUAGCAUCUGUACUAGGAUUGCUAAUAGGACUUUUACCAGGCUAUAAAUGGCUAUUUGUUUAUAAGUCGUCACCUCUCUAUGCAUUCUUUGAUACUCUAAGUGUCAUUGGAUAUGUAGGGAUUGUUGCGUCACAGAUGGUAGUUGGGAGCAAUUUAAUGAUGAUAGAAAGGAAAGAAAAAUUCCUUGAUACUCAUUUUUUAUGGACCCUAACUUUCACUAAAAGUGUUGUGCUUUCAGGGAUUUAUCUAUUUAUUGUUUGGGGCUUUUGAGAAAUAGGAGUUUUUGGGGAUAAUAAGGUAAUGGCUUAUGUGCUAUUUAUUGCUCAAACAAGUCCUGUGUCUGUGACUGUAAUGAUUGUAUGCCAACUUUUUAACACAAACUUAAAAGAGUGCUGCAUAACUACGCUUUGACAGUAUAUUGCUGCACCAGUUUAUAUGACUUUAUACUCAUAUGCAUUUUUCUUGAUAAUUUAA